AUGACAACGAGUGACGAGGUGAUGACGGCUUUUCCCACCGAUGAAUCCACCACCAAUGAAUCCACUACCGAUGAAUCCACAACUAACGCAUUCAUAACCGAAGAUCAGUACAGAGUCUCCAAUAGCUUCACAACCUAUCCCACAUAUUCAAAACCAUAUCCAGUACCAGAUUUUACGACAGAGUCUUGUUCAUUUACAUCAACCUCCACCAUUACUUUACUUCCAUACAUUCCUCCAACAUCUGAGAUCAUAACCGCGACAGCAAUCACGGUCUCAACUCUCUUCAACUAUGACUACAUUACUCCGCAUACUCCUAUCAUACAUCCCACACCAACAGCAAGGCCAAGUCCAGGUUUUGACUCUCGACCAAGCCCUUCAAAGACUCCACCAAGCCCUUCGAAGACUCCACCAAGCCUUUCAAAGACUCCACCCGGCACCACGAAAGAUAGCCCAGUGCAGCCUGAACCUUCGCAUGUACAGCCUGCGAACCCACCAGCACAGCCCCAGGAGUCCCCGGAAGGUCUCCCAGAAGUUAAACCAGGAGACCCAACUGUUUCUAAAGUAGGUGUGAGACCACCCAUUACCGGUGCGUCAGGGCCCAGGCCUACUAAUGACGCCACACCUCCACCGAUUGUCACAUUACCAGGAGCCGGUCCUAUCGUAAUUGACCCGUCACGGUCCGAAAUCGUAAUCAGCGGAACCACGACUAGAUUCAAUCCAGGCCAACAAACGACUAUCAACGACGUGCCAAUUUCCCUUGACAGCUCUGCCGGGUUCGUGGUGGUUGGUGGUACCAAAACAAUUGCACUGCCGCCAAUGACCCCGGCACCCAUCGCAGCACCUAUUGUUAUUGGCGGUACGACUAUGGAUAUCGAUGAUAUAGUGCCGGGACUGCAGCCUGGGCAGAUAACCACCAUUGGUACCAAUACCAUCUCUCUCGACGAAUCUAGCUCUUUUCUCGUAGUAGAUGGCACGCGCUCUAUCCCGCUAAACCAGGAGACAUCUAUACCUAGUACUUCUGCACUUGAUGUUAACGGAAUACCCAUUCCUGUGGGACAGCUCGCUACAGAGCUGGACGUUGGCGAAACAACCGUCAUCGGAAGCAUAACUGUUUCACGUGACGAUGUCGGUUUGGUCGUCGGAACCACUACAAUCCCUCUCCCAACGAAAACAGCCGAGAUAGUAGUCGGAGGCACGACUAUAUCCCCCAACGCGCUCCCAUCCGGCUUCUCCUUUAUACCAACCGCAUCUGGUGGCGGCCUGCUACUUCCCAACGGCGACACUCUAUUGCCAGGUGGAGAGACGACGAUUGAUGGUAUAGAGAUUUCACUUCUGCCUGGAGAGACCCCUGUUGCAGUUAUCGAGGACUCAAUAUCCGUUACAGCAACCGAGGCUACUGAGAGCACCACUGCAGCAUCCUCUUGUAGUGGCCUAACAUGCGGUCAGCCGACAAAGACUUUGACCAGCCAAACGGGAGACAAUACCGCAGCUUCGUCAGCAGAUGUGUUACUGAGUGGAAAGUGGUCCGACUUUGUUUUUGCGAGCAUGUUUGUUGGCGUUUUUAUUCACUGGGCUUGA